AUGACUCAACAAACUAUUGACAUACCACAGCUUCCUAUCCCAGGUGAGGAUAAUAGGGAAAGAAAACCUCAACAGGUUACUAUAGGCCAUCCAGGACUAAAUCAAGCAAACCCUCAGAAAGGUGCUGCAGAUAUCUACUUUGAUAAAGCAGUGGAAUAUGCAGGAAACCAUCCAAUAUUAGCAGGUGUGGGUGGUUUUAUGGCUCUUUACAUGGCUGCAGGCCUAUACAGGUCAGUGAAAAUUAAGAUGAACGGCGGCAAACAGGCUACCAAGUUUUAUAAAGGUGGUUUUGACCCUAAAAUGAACGCCAGAGAGGCGCUGCUAGUUUUGAAUUUGAAUGAGAGUAACUUGACGAAGAAGAAAGUCCGGGACGUUCACAGGAAGAUCAUGCUGGCAAAUCACCCUGAUAAAGGUGGCUCUCCAUAUUUGGCUACCAAGAUCAAUGAAGCGAAGGACUUCUUGGAAAAGAGGGGUAUUAGAAAGUGA